GCUUACGGCAUGGCGUUAGCCAAGUCGUGUGUCAUCGUGCGUUGCAGAUGAAAAGUGUAAUACAUUUGUAACGCUUUUAUUUUACAUGUUGUAUACUAAUGAAAAACUUUUUAUACAAAUUUUAACGACAGAUUGUUCAAGAUGAACAAGCGCCGUAGAACAUCUUCAGUUGCAAGUCGAGGCACAGAAGAUGAUGGUGAUGAUAUACCACCUGAACCAACAAAAAGACGGAAAAAAAUAGAUCCUAGUGACUUGUGCCAACAGUUAUAUGAUGUUCUACGUAAUCAAAAGAAAGAAGAUGGAACAUUAUUAUGUGAUGCAUUUAUACGUGUGCCUAAACGUAGACAAGAACCAGGUUAUUAUGAAGUUGUAACAAAUCCUAUAGACCUACUAAAGGUUCAGCAGAAACUAAAAACAGAUGAAUACAGGGACAUGGAUGAUUUAGCAGCUGAUAUUCAACUCAUGGUUAAUAAUGCAAAAGCCUUUUAUAUGCGUACAUCUCCUGAAUAUAAAGAUGCUACUGAACUUUGGGAAUUAUGUAUAAAUACAAAAAAUCGUAUUAUGGAAGAAUACGAAGAUCCAGAACCUAAAGGAAAACUUAUUUUAAAAGUAGGACGACUGGCUAGGAAAGCUACAACGAAACAAGAAGAUGCAGAAGAUACAUCUGAAAGUUCUACAAAUCCUGAUGAAGAGACAAUGCAACAAUUCGAAGAUUUAUUUGCAGCAGUUAUGACAGCAACAGAUCCAACUGACAAUAAUAGACCAUUGCAUACAAUGUUUCAACUUAAACCAUCUAAAAAAUUAUAUCCAGAAUAUUAUGAUGUAAUUGAAACACCAGUAGAUUUAAAAACAGUUGCACGAAAAAUUCAAGAAGGAGCCUAUAGUAGCAUUACAGAUAUGGAAAAAGAUUUAAUGCUAAUGUGUCGUAAUGCUUGUCAAUUUAAUGAACCUGGUUCUCAAAUAUACAAAGACGCAAAGCUUUUAAAGAAGAUUAUUACUGCAGCAGCAAGAAAGCAAGAUAUUGGAUUAAGCAGUACUGUUCCGAAAAUUGCAACAACUGCACCGUCAACAAGAAGUAAAAGAGGAAGUCGUACUAUGGCACAAUCUUUAAUAGCCCAAACUGCAGCAUUACCUGAUGAAGAUGAAGAAAGUGAUGAUGAAGAAGAAGAACCUGCUGAAACUGAAGAAGCUGAUAAUCCACAAUGGCAAUUAUUUCAAACUAUUAGAACAGCACCUAAUAAUCAAGGAGUUAGAAUGAGUGAAUAUUUUUGGAAACUGCCAUCAAAGAGGUUAUAUCCUGAUUAUUACAAAACAAUAAAAAAUCCUAUUUCUUUAUUACAAAUUCGUACUAAGAUAAAGAAAGGUGAAUAUGGUACUGUGAGUGAAGUAGCUGGUGACAUGAAUAUUAUGUUUGAAAAUGCAAAAAAGUAUAAUAUCCAUACGUCUAGACUAUAUAAGGAUUCAGAUUCAGAUAGUGAAUUCGAGAAUAGUUCUCAUCAACCUAAGCUUAUUAAACGUGCUUCAAAUCUGUUGACACGUGGAAAAUAUAAAGACAAUAUACCAUUGAAGAAAAGAUUGUAUACACUAGUUAAAUGUGUUAUAGAAUACGUUUGUGAAGAUGGUCGACAACCAAUGUUAAUGUUUAUGGAAAAGCCCUCUAAAAAAUUGUAUCCAGAUUAUUAUCAAGUAAUAGCAGAACCAAUUGAUAUGUUAGCCAUCGAAGCUAAUAUUAAAGCAGAAAAAUAUCAAAGUGAAAACGAAUUAAUACAAGAUUUUAAGUUAAUGUUCAAUAAUUGUCGUCAAUACAAUGAAGAAGGUUCUUUAAUAUAUGAAGAUGCAAAUACUCUUGAGAGAGUUUUAAUGGAUAAAGUAAAAGAAUUAGGUCCUUUACCUGAAAUACCUAAACCUACAAAAUCAAGUGCAUCUACUCCUACUAGAAAUGUUGGGAGACCUAAGAAAGUUGUGCCACUACACUUACAAAAAUUGAAAACUAUGUAUGAUACUAUAAAAGAUUAUCACGACAUAAAAGGGAGGCAGUUAUCUUUAAUUUUUAUGAAAUUGCCGAAUAAAAAUGAAUAUCCUGAUUAUUAUGAAGUUAUUAAACAACCAAUGAAUAUGGAAAAAAUAGCAUCCACUUUAAAAAAUAAUGGAUAUGAGAAUUUGGAUGAACUUGUAUCAGAUUUCAUACUAAUGUUUGAUAAUGCUUGCAAGUAUAAUGAACCUGAUUCGCAAAUAUAUAAGAAUGUUUGAACAAGGAAAUAUUAAUGAUGAAAAUAAUGUUUCUAUACAAAAGCCAUUAAAAGUUCGACCUUGUUUUAUUCGUUUAAUGAGAGACAAGGAAGUAGAUCAACGUCUAUCAAAAAAAUGCAAGAAGAAUGAAACAGAAGAUGCUUUAAUUUUGCAAAGAUUAGUUCUUCAAACAAAAUUACAAUUAAGUGAAGAUGAAGAAAGUGUACCAGAUGUAUCAGCUGCAGUUCAAGAAAUAUUAGCAACUAUCUUUACGGCUCUUUAUAAUCAUCAAGAUGAAGAAGGAAGGUGUUAUUCAGAUUCAAUGGCAGAACUUCCAGAACAUGAUAUAGUUGAUGGAAAAAAAAUACGAGGAUUGUCAUUGGAUUUAAUUAAAAGAAGAUUAGAUCGUGGAGUAUAUAAACGGCUAGAUCGUUUCCAAGAAGAUGUAUUUACAUGUUUAGAAAGAGCUAGAAGAUUAUCACGUACAGAUUCACAACCUUUUGAAGAUAGUGUAGAACUUCAAGCAUUUUUUUUACGUACCCGUGAUGAAGUAACACGUGGGGGAGAUUUAUUACAUUCACCAGCACUUAACUAUACACUUCUUGAUCUUUCUGCACAAGUUGCAGAAUUAAAGCGUGUUAAACAACAACAAGAACUGUCAUUACCUAAUGAGGAUGAAAGCUGUGAUGGCAAUGAGACAAAAGAUUCUGAAACAAAUACUAAUACCGAGGGAAGUAAUAGUGAUAAUGGUGGAUCAAUGAGUUUUAAUCAAGAAAUAUAUAGAGCUGGAGACUUUGCAUAUGUAGAACCUACAGAACGAGGCAUGGAAUAUAGUGUGGUUCUUAUAGAACGUCUGUGGACAAAUGCAGAAGGCCAACAAAUACCAAGUGAAACUUAUCAUGUAGCAUCUAGAAAAUUCCUUGACAAGGAAUUAUUUAAAAGUGAUGCACAUGUAGCUGUACCAUUGGCCAAAGUAGCUGGAAGAUGUUGUGUAUUAAGUGUUAAGGAUUACUUUAGAAUGCAACCCGAUGGUUUCUUAGAAAAAGAUGUUUAUGUAUGUGAAUCACGAUAUUCUACAAAAGCAAGGGCUUUUAAAAAAAUUAAAGUCUGGAAUUUUGAUCCAGAUCAUUUAAAGUUAAUUCCAAGAGAGAAACCACUAGAACCAAAGCGAGUAAUAUCAGUAUAUAAGGAAAGACUAGAAAAACAUAAAGAAGAAAUUGCUGAAUUAGAGGAAGGAGAAAAAUUGACAGAAAAAGAAAGACCUAACGUAAUAUUAUAUAAUCCAGAUGAUACGGAAAAUACAUAUUAUGAACAAUAUAAUACAUGUGCGGGUUCUGUAAAAACUGGAGACUUUGUUUAUGUAGCAACAGAUGGAGGUAGACAACAAAUUGCACAAAUUGAUGCUAUAUGGUCAAUGAAAGAUGGAAAAUGUUAUUUUAGAGGUCCAUGGUUAUUAAUGCCUGCAGAAGUACCACAUACGCCUACUAAGUUAUUUUAUAAACAAGAAUUAUUUCUAUCUACAGUUGAUGGCACUCAUCCUAUUGUGGCUAUUGUUGGAAAAUGUGUCGUCCUCGACUACGGAGAGUACAUUUGUAGUCGACCGACGGAAAUUCCAGAAGAUGAUGUAUAUAUUUGUGAAUCGUUAUAUGAUGAGAGUAAAAGUCUUAUGAAAAAACUUGGACAAGAAGGUUUAAAAAAAUUUAAUCAUAGUUCAGCAGUAACUGAAGAUGAAAUUUACUUUUUCCGAAGACCUAUUAAUCCAGCUAAGGAAGCAUCACCAUUGUUACCGAAGCUGGAACCUGAUGUACUAGGCAUGGGAGUAGGAUUAGGAGUGGGAGUAGGAGUAGGAGUUGGGGAGGACAGCAUGGACGCUGGUGGUCCACCGUCCGUUGGAUCUGCAGAAGCUCAACCGGUGCUCUCCAAUACUCAAACACCUGUGUCGACUAAAAAGAAAACGGCGGGUAAGAAAUUAGUUACGGGCUAUAUUUUAUAUUCGAGUAAAAUGCGAACGCAGAUUACACAAAACAAUCCUGAAUCAUCCUUUGGGGAGAUUAGCAGAAUUGUUGGCAACGAGUGGAGAAAAUUGCCAGCAGGAGAAAAACAAGCUUGGGAAGAAAGAGCAAUUAAAAUGAAUGAAGACGGUGGGCAACUUAAAGGAAAUAAUGUUUCAGUAGGCACUAACGCUUUACAAGAUGUAGUUUAUGAAUGUUGCUGGGAUAAUUGUGAUUGGCAAUUUGAAGAUAUGACCGAUUGUAUCGAUCAUUGUAUCGCAGAACAAAAUGGGCAUGUUCAGUCGUCUUUUAUUAAUGCUACAAGCGAUGUAGAAUUCCAAUGUCAGUGGCGUGGCUGUGGCCGUACGAAAAAAUCUGUACCUCCAUUUCCAAGUGUACAAAGACUUGCAAGGCAUGUCAAGGAAGUACAUAUCCUUAAAUCAAAUGGACGUAUAAUACCUCCUUCGGAAAGAAGCAAAAACAUCAGCAGCUGCAACACAAACAAGUAACAUGCCUGGUGCUAAACAACCAGAACCGAUGUUCGUUGCUGUUCCUCCAAGACCAAGUCGUGUAUUACAUUCAGAUGCCUACUUACGAUAUAUUGAAGCAUUGAACGUAGAAAAUCGGUACAUAUCAAAUUGGGACAAACAAAUGAAUGCUAAUCCUGAUAAUACACAAAUUCCUGACGUAACGAAAUUGCCUGCGGAAUGGUUAGGCAAUGGUGUAGGCAACCAUGGAAAUGUGGUAAAUGCCUUAUGGACACUCAGGAACAUGAUGAUGCGAGAUGUGUUAGCCAUCAAUAAAACUUUAUAGUUUAUAACAUGUUAAGAUUUAUAAUCUUUAAUAUUCGAUGCUACCUUAAAACUACAAUUUUCAGGUCCGUCGAUGCUAGAUAAAAGACUGAAGAUUUAUUAUUUUGAACAAGUUUAUUUAUAUUUUUAGAUUCUUUUUUUUUCAUUUUACAACUCUAAUUAGUACAAUUUCAAAUUUAACUUAAUUAUAACACACAUUUUUUAGUGAUUUUCAAUUUAUAAUUAGGGCUGA